AUGAUGUCUCAAAAGUCUACUUGCCCAGUUCUACCGUCCCUACUUUCCGUUCCCUGCCAUGCAGCGUGGGCCUCUCUGGCAGCAGAUCAGUUUGCCGCCCGCCCACAUUUGAAUUUGGACGCAUCUCAAAAGUCUACUCUCGCAUCCUUGUCUGUAUGCCCUAUGUUCCGUUCCUUUGCAUGCAGCAUGGGCAUCAUUGGCAGCAGAUCAGUUUGCCGCCCACAUUCUCACCAUCCCACUGCUGACGUGGCGCCUGCCAUCCCCCCUCCUCCCUGCCCUGCGCCAUCUGUCAGCUCUCCAGCCCUGCCUUAUCUCCUGCCUGGUACGAUCAUUCUCUCUUCUCUUCCUUUCUACCUCAACUUAACUUCUGGCCUUGCCCACUAUGCCUCUCUUUCCCCUCCUCCCUUCCCUGCGCUAUCUGUCAGCGCUCCAACCGUGCCUUAUCUCCUGCCUGGUACGACCCUUCUCUCCUCUCCUCUUUUCUACAUGAACCUUCGGCCUUGCCCACUAAAUCUCUUUCUCCCCUCCUCCCUUCCCUGCGCUAUCUGUCACCGCUCCUACCGUGCCUCCUCUCCUGCCUGGUACGAAUCGUUCUUCCAAGCCAUCUACGAUAAUGCACCUGUCUGCCUGCCAGAAUCGUUUACCUUCUCCAUUAAACAACCCCGUCCGUCUCUCCUCCUCCCUGCCUUGCGCCAUCUGUCAGUGCUCCAGCCGUGCCUCCUCACCUAUCUGCGCCAGGCUCCUUCCCCCCACCCCUCGCCACCAGACCCAUACCACCGGCUCACCUCCCAUCUCCCCCCUCCCGCCUGGGCUCUAGCAAACGUCUCUGCUCUCGCCACCGCCCCCCCUUCCCUCUCCUCCUCCCCCUCUCCAUCCUCCUCCCCUUCCCCCUCUCCACCCUCUCCUCCUCCUCCUCCCUCUCCCUCACUCUCCUCUGAGCUGUUCCUACCCGGUCUGGACUUGCCACUCUAUGUCCACGCCCUCUGCGCCCUAGCUGCUGCUGUGAUAGCCCAUGAGGAGAAAGAGCGGUGGCACGUGCUGAGGGUCCUAGAAGAAGCCCUUAAAGCCGAAAAAAGUGCGGAAAAGGCAGCAGAAUCGGGAGGGAAACCUGCUGCAGUAGCAGCAUCAGGAUCAGCAGCAGCAGGAGCAGGAGGAGGAGGAGCAGCAGGGCGGCAGCAGCUAGACAUGGGCGAUUUCGGCCGCCUCUACUCGCUCCUCCUCACGCUCUUCUCCUCGGUGCAUGCGUCCUCAGGGCGGGUGCUCCCUCUCCUCAACGUCCUCGCCUUCACUCGCGAGGUUCUCACAGGGCUGUGGCACUGGCUGGUGGCUCACUGCCGUAUCUCUAUUUCUCAGGCGUAUGCGGAGAGUGAGGGGAUGCAGAGUGGUUUGCAAGGGGUACAGAGUGGUUCCAAGGGAAUACAGGCGGCUGCUGCUGGCGGUGCUGGUGCUACUCGUUCUGCUGCUGCUGGUACUGGUGGUGGUGGUUCUGGUACUGCUGGUGGUGGUUCUGCUGCUGGUGCUGGUGGUGGUGGUGGGAGGGCAAGAGAGGGAUCUAGCAGGAGGGGAAACAGAGGGAGGAGGGAAGGGAGCAGGCAAGGGGGAGGGGGAGGGGGAGUGGCUGGUUCGUUUCAGCUGCCCCAGUUUUCGGGCAGCUGGUUUCCAAGGUCGUUUUUGGACGGGUAUGGGGGAGGUGGGGAGGGAGGGGAGGAAAGGGCGGAGGAGGAGGAUGAGUGGGGGAACCCACAUGGAGGAGGAGGUGGAAGAGGUGGAAGGGGAGGAGAAGGGGUAGGAAGAGAUAGAACGGGCGUUGACCACAUGCAGACAGAUUCUGCCGGCCAGGGAAGGCCGCCCGGGAGUGCGGGUGAUGAUGAUGCUGCGCUGGCUGCAUUCAUUGGUGGGCGGCAGGCUGGUCAAUCAAGUCAACCAGGGUCAACGGCAGCACAGCAGUGGUCCACCUUUCUCUCCUCCACGUUCCAGAGACGCGCAGCAGAGGCACAGAGAGGGCGCAGAGGAAGAGGAGGGGGAGAGGGAGGCGGGAGGACGUUUUGGGAGACCCAGACAGGUGACUAUAUGGAAGAGGAUAUUGACGAGGGGGAAGAGGAAGGAGGAGAGGAGGGGGGAGUGGGAGCGGGAACUGGGGGAUUCGAGGGAAGAGAGGGGGGAGAGGGAGGAGGAGAGCGGUGGGAUGUGGAGAGUAUGAAGAAGGGGGUGGCAGGGGUGGCGGCUGACGUGGCAGUGGUAAUGACGGUGUUCUGCAGGGCGUAUGCCCACCUGCUGCUCGUGCUGGAUGAUGAGGAGUUCUACCAGAGACAGCAACCUAGUCUACAGCACCCUCAUCUCCUCCCACUUGUCUGCCUGCCCCUGCCCCUCUUCCCUCCGUAUCCCUCCUCUUCCUUGUCCCGUGUUCCCCUCUUCCCUCAGAUCCCCUUCUCUCUUUCCGAGCAAAGAGUCAUCGCAGCAACACUCAACACUCUCGUUUACAACACACUCAUCUCCUCCCCCUCCUCCUCCUCCCCGUCCCCCUCCUCUUCCUCAUCCGCCUCCGCCUCUUCCCCGCUCACCCCUUCGCAAUCCACGCUACUAGAAGCAGCCACGCGCUGCCUCCUCCCUCUGCACGACCGCGACUGUAGACGAGCCUUCUGUGAGCCUUCGCUCUGGCUGGCCCCUGCUGACCGCCGCCCACCACCUGUCAUCUCUGCAGCAGGUACAUACGAGCCCAAUUAUGGAGUUUUUGAGAAUUCUCAAAAACUCCCUGAGCUCAUUGCUCCCCGUCUUCUCUUCCGUUCCGACUCUCUUCCUUCCCCUGCUGUUCCCACCGCUGCAGGCACAGCCAGACACCAUGGGGUGUGGGGCGAGGAGGGGAGGGGGAAUGGGGGGAAUGAUGGAUGGAGGGAACGUUGGCGGACAAGGGUGCACAUAUUCCGCGAGCUCAUUCAAGCGGACAAGGCGCGGCAUGGAUUAGGGGCUACCCCCAGGAUGGGCACGGUGCGGCCUGUGGUGGACGUCCCGGUGCACAUAUUCAGGGAGCUUCUUCAGGCGGACAAGGUGCGGCAUGGACUAGGGGUUACCCCCGGGAUGGGCAUGGUGCGGCCCGUGGUGGACAUGUCCGUGCGGCGCGACCCGCUCUGCUCGUGGAAGCUUAUGCAAGCAGACGAGGAGAGGCACGGGGUUGUGUACAUAUUCCGGGAGCUGAUUCAAGCAGACAAGGCGCGGCAUGGACUAGGGGCUACCCCUGGCAUGGGUAUGGUGCGGCCCGUGGUGGACGUGUCAGUGCGGCGGGAUUUGCUAGUUGAGGAUGCGUUCGUGCGCCUCAACCAACUCGGACCGAUGCUCAAGGUAUCACUGAGAGGAAGCCGCUUUGGGAGUGACAAGGUGUGGCAUGGGAUGGGCAUGGUGUGGCCUGUGGUGGACGUGUCCGUGCGGCGGGACUUACUGGUGGAAGACGCGUGGGCGUGUGACGAGGUGACUUUUGAGUCGACUCAAAAGCUUCUGAGGGUUACCCAUGCAUGCAACAGGUGGGCAUGUGACGUGUCGGUGCGGCGUCACCUGCUGGCGGAGGAUGCCUUAGUGCGCCUCAACCAGCUGUGGCCCGUGGUUAAGGAGAUAGGAAUGGACCAGGGCGGACCCUCCAUUGCUCCCUCCUCCUGCUGCGCUUCCCACCUUUCCACUUCUCUCCUCUCUCGCGCUCUUGACCUACUCCACUCACACACCUCACAGGGACGUGUGCGUGUCUCAUUUGUGAAUGCGUUUGGAGCGGAGGAGAUAGGAAUGGACCAGGGCGGACUCUUCAAAGAGUUCCUCACUGACCUUGCUAAGGCAGCCUUUGACCCGGGGUACGUGGCACUAGGGGUUAAUGGCGCCUGGGACAGGUGGUGGCGCCUGGGACAGGUGGUGGCGCCUGGGACAGGUGGUGCAUGUGACGUCGAGAUAGGAAUGGACCAGAGCGGACUCUUUAAAGAGUUUUUCAUUGACCUUGCUAAAGCAGCCUUCGACCGGGGGGCAGCAACAGAAGAGGGUUACCUCUACCCGCACCCGGCUGCAGCAGCGCUGGGCCACAGCAUUCCCAUGGUGGAGUUUCUCGGCCGCAUCGUGUUGGAGUUUAGCUACGGCCUGUUCCUCCAGGCGGCCACAGAAGAGGGUUACCUGUAUCCACACCCGGCAGCAGCGGCGCUGGGCCACGGCAUUCCCAUGGUGGAGUUUCUCGGCCGCAUCGUGGGCAAGGCUCUCUACGAGGGGAUUCUGCUUGAGUACAACUUCGCCCCGCUCUUUGUGUCGAAGCUCGUGGGGAGAUACGCCUUUUUGGACGAGCUGUCUUCUCUCGAUAUGGAGCUGUAUCGCAACCUCAUGUAUUUGAAGCACUAUGAGGGGGAUGCCUCUGAACUGGCAUUGGACUUCACAGUGACUGAGGAGGUGCUGGGCGAGCACAAUAUCGUGGAGCUGCGGCCGGGCGGCAGCCACAUCGCAGUGACCAAUGAGAACAAGCUGCAGUAUAUCCAUGCUGUGGCUGAUUACAAGCUCAACCGUCAGAUGGCAGCAGUGGUAGCAGCAUUCCUAAGGGGCCUCUCAGAUCUGAUUCAGCCCGAGUGGCUGCGGCUGUUCAGUCCAAAGGAGUUCAACCAGCUGCUGUCGGGAGGAGAGCAGGACGUGGACGUGGAGGAUCUCAAGGCACACACGCGGUACUCUGGGGGAUACACGGAGAGCGACCGAACCAUCAGGAUGUUCUGGGAGGUGGUGAAGGAGUUAUCAAGGGAGGAGAAGAGCCAGCUGCUUAAAUUCGUGACAAGUUGCUCGCGACCCCCGCUGCUGGGCUUUAAGCAUCUCAACCCGCCCCUCACCAUCCACAAGGUCAACGUGGAUGCGUCCAUGUGGGCUACACUAGGAGGGCCCGAUGUGGACUGGCUUCCCACCGCUUCCACCUGUUACAACCUGCUCAAG